GUGGUGUCAAGGGCGAGCGUGAACAACCCUGGUCAUGCUGCAGGCUCCGUCGCGCGGGAUCGCACGGGCGCUUACUGCCCAGCUGGCAACGAAAAACGUAUUGCUCCGAGCUGCAUCAACAACACCAUGGUAUCGCGAGGAGAUCUCGAGCAUCUUGACCCCGGCGGAUGGUGAGUCGGUAGCGUCUGUGGACGAGCUGCGUCACCUCAUGGCUGUACCUCGCGGCCGAGGUGUCGUCGCGUCUGAAAUGCACGCGCAAGGAAGAUCUCCUGCUGUUGGUGGGUACGAAACAUUGGCACAGAGGAAAAAGCAGGAUCGCAUUUGGUCCGAGCUCCAGCGCGUGCUGUCCAGUGUCGAACAGAACCAUGAUGUCGAAGAUGCUUCCGCACGCAUGGCCGCUGUGGCCGACGCGUACACUGUAGCGCUCCAAGCGAUGAGCCGCGCAAACAUGCCUUAUGAAAGCAUGGAGGCGAUGCUGCGGCACAUGCAGGGCCAGCAGAUCCCCGUGAGCAUUCAGAUCUACAUCGCGAUGUUGGUGCAAGCCAAGGGCAGUGCAAUCGUUCAAGUGUUGCGCACGGUGAAGGCGAGUCGCGCUGCCGCCAGUCUACUCGGGGGAUCGACGCCGCAGUCGCCGCUCCUGCCCACGGAUGUCGAGAGCCUCCACUACCAUGCCUACGACGCCUUGAUUCGCACGAUCCACUCCCGUUACAUGGAGUCAACGACCGCGGUGUUUGCGCUGGCCAACUACCAAGACUUAUACGCAGCGGUGGUGGCGGCCCUUCCCCCGCUCGAUGUUAAACUCCUCGAGAGGACAAUCUUCCCGGAACGUCUCGACAAACUGGCCGUUGCGUCGGUGCGAGCGCCGGCCAUGUGUGGCCUGGGAGACGUCGUGCUCGAUCGCUUGGACGAGCUGCAAGAAGAAUACGCUGGCCGAAGUGCCCAAGUGCCCUUGCAAGCAUUUGAAGCUGCCAUCGAGGCGUUCCCAGCGUUGGUGCAUGGGCUAACCCAUGUGCCCGAGGCCACACUCGCGUCACUCCGAGAGACAUCGUCGGUCAAGUCCAGUCCUCGAAUCAAAGCGCUGCGCCGGCUCGAGCGAUCGGUGGGAAUUCCCAUGAACAAGAUCGUGCGCAAGGUGCAGCUCACCGAAUCGACCAAAGUCGCGCAAGAUGCUGCGACGUUUGACAUGUACAAGGCGUCGGUGUUUCUCCGGUAUAUAUCCAACCGCAUCGAUGGGGCCAGUGCCAAGGAGACCCGCGCAGUUGUCGCACACGAUGCGAUGGUCGCCGCCGACGGAUUGAUCCAAGAUAUUGAGGAUAUGUACGUUGCCAGCCGGCCGGCGGCCGACCUCCUGCCUUUGCAUGUCGCCCAACUCAAGCAAUACUUUGUCGCGGCGAGUCGGUUGGACCGCCGCAUGCCUGGCAACACAGCGUUCCAGGAUGAACUCGUCUUUCGCAUCUUCCGUGGGCUCGACACGCUCUGCUCGCGCAAAGACGAUGCGGACCUUGUGCUGGAAGGCCUCCGUUAUGCGUUUCGAGCGCUCGUCGUGCUCUUCCGAGUGAGCGAAGCCACGAUGGUCCUUGACAUGAAGGAGUCCCUAUUCCCGGGCGCCCCGCCCCGCGUCGACGACUACAACGACUUGAUCAUGGUGGUGUGUUCGAACGACAAGACCCGGUUUGACCAACCACUGCAGCUGCUGCAACGCAUGCACAACCAAGGGUUGUCGCCGACGCCGCUGACGAUCCACCGCCUCGUCCUGUUCCAGCUCCAUCAGCUACCCGACGGGAAACGUGCUGCGACUGCACCCAAGAAGAAACUCGUGGCGAAUCUUAAAUACAAACACAUGCGGCGACGGCUCCCCGACUGGGACCUGGACAUUCCAGCCCCCGAGUUCCAUCCGCUGCAGUUCUACCGCGCCAAGAACCAAGACGCGUCGUCGGUCGGCGACAUCGUGUCGUUCAUGAUCGACUGGCACAACAUGACCGGCGUCGCGCCGUUUGGAAAAACCCUCAAACUUGUGCUGGAAUACUGCGUGAGACACCAGCAAGACGCCACCAACGUCCACGAGAUGCACCGAUUGCUGCAGUGGGCCCACUCUCUACCACUCGAUCCUGCCACACAAGUGUAUCUGGAGCACCUCUCGGCGUCCGUUGCCGCAGACGAUACACCCCAUGACGCCAAGUAACCCUUCACAAGCUGCGUCGAUCGUACCCCGUUCAAUAGAUUCUGAUAUUGUGUGAAGUGAGGAAAAUGACAAGCGCAAUGUGGUCGGAUUCAGGCUUGCGGUGAAUAGAUCGUCGCCAUUACGAGUCAAGGACUUGGCAGGAGUUGGUCCACUCGUGGGUUUACCUGCAUUUG